AUGGGGACUGCAAGGGAAAUAAGAAAGCACCAGAUGCUGGCGCAUGGACUGACAGGGCUUGAGGCAGUGGUACUGGUUGCAGCGGUGGGACAGGUUGCCAGAAACCCGCUGGGGAUCCUUUUGAAUCCUCCCAAAGGCCUGCUGAGGAAUCUAUUUUCUGCACGCACGGUGAUGCUGUGGGUUGCCACAUAUCUCUAUCUUGUGAGCAAGAUUGCUCAGGCAGAUAGAAGAGCACGCAUGGCAGUUCUCCUUCGUUAUUUCGUGUCGCAGAUGAUAUUUCUUCAGUACUUUGCCUGCCUGUCCCCGAACGCCUGCAUGAACGACAGACUCGCAGCACUUCUUCCGGUGAAUCCCUACUCUGCAUACAACAUGGUUCUCUGUGCAUCCUCUGCGGUGCUUUUGGCAUAUGCAGAAGAGGUGCUGUGGACGAAGGCGAGGUACACACAGGUCAGAGGAUUGGUUAACUACAUGAGGAAGAGUAUGGGUGCUGUGGUAGCAGACAUGCUUUGUCUUUACAUGGCCAGCACUGGCAUGGCGAUAGCAUGCAUGGGCGUGUAUCUGACGAUCUCAAGGACUCUAUUUCCAUGGAUGCGCUUUAUUGUUCCGUUUCGGCAGGCACACGGGAGACCAUGGGGAGGACCUGGAAGUGUUUUUCUUACAAAUGUGUCCACUGCCAUUUACUUCUUUCUGACGAGUGUUGUGGAUAGGCUGCUGGUCUACAACAUGUCGGUGAUGAAUCUGGGCCUGUGCGACUACUGCUACAAAGAGGAGGAGGAUCUGAGUGUUUCGAGGCUUAGGUUUUUCCAGAUAUCGGAGCUCUCAAUGAGGUAUCCCCAGGUUCUCCGAAGACUUGUAAGAUCCAACAGAAGCGUGGUGUCUCUUGGGCUGUACAUCCGUCGGGAGGAGGCGGAGAUUCUGAGGACUGUGGAGAUGAUGAAGAAAGAAAGGGAGUCGCUGGAGUCGAGGAUGUGGUUUUCUGUUCCUCAGGUCAGCCAGCCUUUGGACAAGCCGAAGGCACUAGUGGUGCAGAAAAGGAUACAGUUUGUAAAGAGGAUAAGAUCGUACAACUUUGUCGAGAUUCUUGCAUCCCGGGUUGUAUAUCUCUACAGGAUCCGGGUUCUAACCAAUAGAUACAAGGGCAUCGGAAGAUCGUUCUUUCUGGUGAAGAGCUUUAUGAAGUUCCUGGAGGAAUACAAAGACGGCUACCUGCCUCUUAGGGACCUUGAUGAGGAGUUUGGUGAUGUUAUGAGGCAUCUACAUGGCGAGGUAUCUGAUGCAGAGAAGGUGAUUGGCCGGAGCCUGGAGUCUGGGAUGUUCUGCAGGUAG